AUGGGAGAUGGGAGGGGGUUCCACACAUGGAGGUUCGAAGGCGAAGUUAAUUUGGAGAGUAUGGUUGAACCUAACAAGGUUCGACAGUCACAUCGCUACAAGGUUGACGUGAGACUACCAGAUGGAGAGUGGGCCGAGUCGUUUGUACACGAGGCUAUCCCGCGCAAUGGCAGAGGACGCAUUUAUUCACCUUGGGACCAUCCUCGCAGCAACACGUUGGAUCCGUUUACCUUGGGACCUUUCAAGAUGGGACCAUCCGUGGACGACGGCAUUACGACAGGCGUCGAGGUCGAGUCCAGCGGAAAGGCACUCGUGACAAUGGCGUGGACGCAGUUCGAGUACCAGAGGGACGUGGAGGUCAAAAUCUCGAGAGGGACGUGGACGAGAGGAACGUGGACAAUAGACCGCGCCACCCCAGAUCUCGCGGCAAACGUCGUCAUCCGCCCGACGACGCAGCCUUACGAGAUCAAGGAUGCCGAGGAUGGUGGUAUCAUUGUCCUGGUCCCGAGAGACGACCACGGACGCCGAUUUUCCGUUGAGUUCCACGACGAUUCUCUCGAGUAUCGCACGAACGGUCAGGACUACGUCAGCUCCGGCGGCCAAGUUGUGGGCGUCGAGCCGAGGCACGCUCUCCUCGUCUUUGCGAGCCCGUGCUUGCCCGCAUGGGCGCAGCCGUUGCCUGGCCCGUGGACGUUGCACACGAUGCGGCCGGGCCCGAUCCGCCCUGCGACGGACCUGGGCUCCUCGGGGGUGGCGGAUCUCAAAGGGCUUCGCCUUCUGCUGCUGGCCCCUCUACUUCUGGAUUGGUGA